AGCAGAGCACGCCUCCUCGAUGGUCUCACGAGAUUGAGACAGCGCAGGACCUUUUGAUUUCUUUCACAUCUAUAAAUUUCCACUAUUCCUUCGUCGUCGUCGUCAAGGAAUCUGAGAUUGAUCUUACAAAGAAAAGUAAGAAGAAAAAAAAAAUUCAGAAUCAGAUUCUAAUGGAAGUCGCAUGGCUUAAUCGCCCCGACGUGGACCUCGAUCUCACCAUCGGCUCCUCCGUCCUCCACAUCCCCGGCCGUCCUUCUGCGAUGAAGCAAGACGACGACGACGACGACGACGCUAGAGUCAAAACGCUCAGAGCGGAGCUGGACCGCGCGAGCGAGGAGAACAAGAGACUCAAGGAGUUGCUCGCCGACGUGGUGGGCAAGUACGAAGCGCUCCGGGGACGGAUGAGCGAUGCGGCGGUGGUGGUGACGGCCGUCGACGACGAUUGUUCGUCCGCCGCGGCUGCAGCGGCCUCUGUUUCUCCAGCGACGAAUCUGAAGACGAAGACAGUGGGCGCCGCCGCGGCGUCGGCGAGCGAUGAGUUGACCUCGUGCAAGAGAGCGAGGGAGGAGUCGAAGACAAAGAUUUCCAAGCUUUGUGUUCGCACCGAUCCAUCUGAUUCAAGUCUGGUGGUUAAAGAUGGAUAUCAAUGGAGGAAAUAUGGGCAGAAGGUGACGAGAGAUAAUCCAUGUCCCAGAGCCUACUUCAGAUGCUCUUUUGCUCCUUCUUGCUCUGUUAAAAGGAAGGUGCAGAGAAGUGCCGAGGACACAUCGAUCCUGGUUGCUACCUACGAAGGCGAGCACAACCAUGGUCAGUCCCACCCGUCUCCGGUGGCAAACAAGGUCCCGGCCAUCGCUGAAGGGGUUCCGGUGAAGUCUUCAAAGAAGGCGGCGGAGCAGGUGGGACCGGUGACGUCGCCGGAGCUCCGCCGGAGCUUGGUGGAGCAGAUGGCGGUGACGUUGACUAAUAAUCCGGCGUUUAAGACGGCGGUGGCUGCGGCUAUUUCUGGGAGGAUGUUUCACUGAUGGACCAAAAUUGUUCGUGGUUUUUUAUUUUUUAUUUUUUAUUUUAUUUUAAUUUCCUCCCCUUAUUUGUUCCAAGUUAUGUGCCAAAAGAUAUCGACAUAUUCCAUGGUUAA